CGGAAACGGUUCCAACUUUCCAGAAGUUUCUUAGGACAAGCAGGAGGGGGUGGGGACAGCCAUAUAUAGAUCCCGGCCCCGGGCAGUGAGUUGAGUAGAGCCUGUCUGAGAGCGAGUGUCCCGUCGGUUCCGGAGCAGCUCAGCCCGGCCCAGGUCCUCUGUGGUGCACACAGCCCACCUCUCAGCCAUGCGUUCUCUCCUUCUGGCCUCCUGCCUCUUGGCUGUGGCCCUGGCAGCCGAGGUGAAGAAACCUGUAGAGGCCGCAGCCCCUGGUACUGCAGAGAAGCUGAGUUCCAAGGCGGCCACCCUGGCAGAGCGCAGCACAGGCCUGGCCUUCAGCCUGUAUCAGGCAAUGGCCAAAGACCAGGCUGUGGAGAACAUCCUCCUGUCACCCUUGGUGGUGGCCUCAUCCCUGGGUCUUGUGUCACUGGGUGGUAAAGCCACCACAGCAUCUCAGGCGAAGGCGGUGCUAAGCGCCGAGAAGCUGCGUGACGAGGAGGUGCACACGGGGCUGGGUGAGCUGCUGCGCUCCCUCAGUAACUCCACCGCUCGCAAUGUGACCUGGAAGCUGGGCAGCCGCCUGUACGGGCCCAGCUCCGUGAACUUCGCCGAUGACUUCGUGCACAGCAGUAAGCAGCACUACAACUGCGAACACUCCAAAAUCAACUUCCGAGACAAGCGCAGCGCCCUGCAGUCCAUCAACGAGUGGGCCUCGCAGACCACCGACGGCAAGCUGCCAGAGGUCACCAAGGAUGUGGAGCGCACAGAUGGGGCACUGCUCGUGAACGCCAUGUUCUUUAAGCCACACUGGGAUGAGAAAUUUCAUCACAAGAUGGUGGACAGCCGUGGUUUCAUGGUGACUCGCUCCUAUACUGUGGGUGUUACAAUGAUGCACCGGACAGGCCUCUACAACUACUAUGAUGAUGAGAAGGAGAAGCUGCAGAUCUUGGAGAUGCCCCUGGCCCACAAACUCUCCAGCCUCAUCAUCCUCAUGCCCCACCACGUGGAACCCCUCGACCGCCUGGAGAAGUUGCUGACCAAAGAGCAGCUGAAGGCCUGGAUGGGGAAGAUGCAGAAGAAGGCUGUCGCCAUCUCUCUGCCCAAGGGAGUGGUGGAGGUUACCCAUGACCUGCAGAAACAUCUGGCUGGACUGGGCCUGACGGAGGCCAUUGACAAGAACAAGGCGGACUUAUCACGCAUGUCUGGCAAAAAGGACCUGUACCUGGCCAGUGUGUUCCAUGCCACUGCCUUCGAGUGGGACACAGAGGGCAACCCCUUUGACCAAGACAUCUACGGGCGUGAGGAGCUGCGCAGCCCCAAGUUGUUCUAUGCUGACCACCCCUUCAUCUUCCUGGUGCGAGAUAAUCAGAGCGGCUCCUUGCUAUUCAUAGGGCGCCUGGUCCGGCCCAAAGGAGACAAGAUGCGUGAUGAAUUGUAGAGCCCCUGAGUGGGCAUGGCAUGGCAGGAAGUGGCCAAAGUUCCUGAGACACUUGGGUGCUAUUGUGGGUGGGGGGAUACCAGCCUUGAAUAUUCCAUGGGGUGGGGGAGUUGGUAAUGCAGAUUUGAAUUCCCAUAUGUCUAAGUGGACAUUUCUAGCUAAAAUCCACCCCCAAGAGAAUGUGGGGCCCAGAUACUCUGAUGCCAAAUUCAGGGGUGUCUCAGUCAUCCUGCCCUGCCCUCCAAGUUCUAGAUCUAAUCUGCCUCAGUCAAUCAGUGUUGAUAUUUAUGGCCAAGUCCUUAUCUGUGAGACAAUCGAGUUGUGGGUAGGGCAGCCCUCUUUGUCACCAUACCCUCAGUCCCCAGAUCUGCUCAUCCCCCAACUCCCUUUAACCACAAAACUAGGUGCUGCAGCCCCAGGACUGGCCAGGCCACCCUUAAAAUGACCCUUGCCCGGUGAUAGGAGCUGGGAGAUAGCACAGGAGGGACUCCCUGGCAAACCCCGCUUUGGAGCCACUACCCUGGGCAUUGCAGGGGUGAACUUCUGUUUUUCUCCUCUUUUAGUUUUUCAAAGAUGGGGAGGGAAGGGGGGGAACAUGAGCCUUUGUUGCUUUCAAAAUGAGGACUUAAUUUGUACAACUUUUUUUGAAUAAAACUUUUCCAAUAAAAUGUUA